AUGUCAAGUAGUCGCAGAGACCCGUGGAAGACCCCAGAACGGCCUAAUACGUAUCGUAGUCGAAAGCGCCGGUCUGAUGAUGCUCCAAGAGCGAACGAGGGACCGAAACGUCGGCGGAUGAAUAAUGGAGAGGAUGGACAAAAGAGCGGUCAUGACUCGAAGCCUAUUGGAUUCAAGGCGCUGGAGAGCAUUUGUAGAGAAGAACUCCCAGAAAAGGCCGUAUUAGAAUUAACUAGAAAAGCCGGACAGUUUGAAGCACUCUUAUCCAUGGACGAUAUAAGACCGGAUUUGUUAAAGCUUGUUAUUACUUCUUUUCGUAUGCUGUGUUCAUCAAACAACAUCAUGACCGCAAACGCAGAGAAGAUACUUCGCUCUACUAAAGCAAAGAGGUUUCUCACUGGAACAGUUCUUUCAAGUUUUAUCAACAAGAUGGCCUAUCUAGGUGUCAAUUCUGGGGUUGAUACCGUGAUAAUGGAUCUUAUAGCCAUUUUUCUGACGAUGAUUCAGAAAUUGGGUGAAAGCAUUGUGCACAGUCUUCCUAUUCCGCAGCUUAGGAUCUCCUUGGCCGUAUUAAAGGAAAAGAAUCUCAUCGAAAACACCGACGAUCUUGAAAAGAAACUCCAACAUGUAACCGAGCUAAAAGAUGAAGUGAUUCGCCUGGCAAUGUCUGGGCAUGAUCAGGAAUCCCAGUUAAAACCCCCACAGAAUUUUAGAGAACUAAGCGUUAUUCCUUCCGCGGCAGACCUACUUUGCUCCAGGCCUUUCCUUCGUAAGAACAUUACGGACAGAAGGUUCAACGACCUUGAUCAUUACCUUGAUGUACAGUUUCGGUUGCUGAAAGAGGAUUUUGUAAUCCCACUUAGAGAUGGCAUUAAGCAGCUCACAAAGGAUAAAGAUUUGUUAGAACCGACCAAAAGCAACACUAGACGAGCAAAUGAUGUCUCCGUAUACCAUGGUGUAACAGUGCUGUAUCCCGUAAGUAACAGGAAAGGCAGGGUCUUCAAAAUCAAGUUUAACCCGUCUCAUUCCAAAGUGAGGCGAGUUAAGUGGGAGAGAUCUAAACGCCUCAAGUUUGGCUCUCUACUUUGCCUGUCUUCAGAUGAUUUCAACACGCUUGUCUUUGCGUCCGUGGAAAACCGAGAUCCCGAAGGGCUUAGUGAUGGACAGCUGGAAGUGCGGUUUGAAAACACUGAAGCCGCGGAAGUUGAUCGGUUUAUUCAAAGCAAAGAGACGUUUGCAAUGGUAGAAUCUGAUGCUUACUUUGAAUCCUACAGACACGUACUAGAAGGGCUGCAGGAGAUCAACCCCGGAGAAUUUCCAUUUCAACGAUACAUUGUGGAAUGCUGUCAGGACAUUGGACCCCCGGCGUAUCAGCUGCAUGGAAAGGAAGAUGAUGAAAAGAAUAAUUCUUUCACCUUUAAAUUUGAUCGUGUUUUGUUGAAGAAGAAAUCUCCAGAAACACUCGUCAGUAAUCACCGUUCGUCAUCACCAAGGUUACAGGUGGCCAGUGAGCAUGCGCUUGGGACAGAUUCCAGCCAACCGGGAGAGGGGUCCGGAGAAUUGUCAUCAGACGCAUGUACCGAGUCCUUGGAUAAUCCUGACGUAGCUAAGGACAACGAAAUGCCUCAUGAAAUCUUCAAUUGGCCUGAUAGAGAAAGUUUGGGCCUUAACGAAUCACAGAUGCGGGCGUUUAAACUGGCACUAACCAAAGAGUUCGCUUUAAUUCAAGGGCCACCCGGGACAGGGAAGACCUUUGUUGGAUUGAAAAUAGCUCAAGCACUUCUAGAUAACACGUCACUUUGGCAAGACGAGAAGGGAAGUUCUCCAAUCUUGAUGGUCUCAUAUACGAAUCACGCCUUGGACCAGUUUCUAGAGGGCCUAAUCUCCAAUCGAGGUGAGAUGAGAAAUUUAGGUCUUAAAACUGUCUUCGCUCAAUGACAUGCUAAAAUGUAAAGAAUACAAAAGAUUUCUUAGGGUUUCAGAAGAGUUUAAACCACUUUUACCGCGAAUAACAUGUCAGAAAAUUUCUGAUGCUGCGUUUUUAGAUUUUAGAUGACAUACAGUGCCGAUUUGAAAUACGUAAACGGCGACCUCCGCUGAUUAGAUAUGUAGAGAGUAGUUUGCUAAGUCUGGUUAACGCAAAAAUGUCGUUUCUUCAAAAAUGACCCUUGAAGUAUUUUGGGCGUGGUACUUUCAGGUCACUUUCACUGCAUCAUGUGUAGCUGGGCAGAUCACUGUGUCUUAAAGACGAGAAUUUAGGCCUCAAAAAAAUAUUAACAAAUGAACAAAACAAGUCAAAAAGUACACAUAAUUUCUUUACGUGGGAAGCGGGGUGAUCCAGUGGUUAAAACGGUUUGGGUUUCCGUAUUAGGAAGUCCGGGUUCAGGCCUUACCGGGGUCAUUGAGUUGUGUUCUUGGGCAGCACACUUUACUCUCACAAUGCCUCGCUCUAUCCAUGUGUACUGGAUACCAACGAAUUUAAUGCUGGGGGUAACCCGGCGAUGCAGUGGUAUCCCGUCCAGAAAGGGAAGGUAAGUAUCCUUGGUCGCUUCAAACUACAGAAACUGGUUUAAGCUCCGAUCUGAUGAGCCACAUGGCGGCUCGAAUGCAGAAUGUACUUUUUCACCUUAAGAUUUGCUUUAUUCAGCAGUUUUCUAAAAAAAGAUUUUUAUCAUUUUGCCAGGUAUCGUUCGUGUUGGUGGGCGGAGCAAAAGUAUCACCCUGAAGCCAUUCAAUCUAAAAUCACUUAGAACUAUGGAGGCAUCAACCGUUGCCCAUGCUAGAAGAACGACAAGGAAGGGCAUCAGAAUGCAAAAACACUCCUUUCAGCAGUCGUCUCUCUUGAUGAAGGCCUUAAAGUCAAGUAUCAUCUCCUUAGAUUUCCUUAGAGACCAAGAGUGCAUACAAAGAAAACACUACAGAGAAUUUUGCACCUUAGCUGGAAGACUGUCUAUCAAUGAUCAGCUGUUAGAGUGGCUGGACAUCGCGAGGAAUGGCAGAUCGAAUGCAAACGAUGAUAACAGAGAUGAUAUUCUGAUGGAGGUAUCUGUCCCUGGUUACGAUUUUGACAGCGACGAAGAAGACAUCGAGGGACGUACGAUGACCAAACUUCAGAAAAUAACCGUUCUUUCGAUUAAGGACUCGGAUAAUCCUAAUCACAUGAAAAGAAAUUUAAAGAGGGAAGCAAUGAGUGAAGACGAAGAACGACGUGUUGGCUCCCUUACAACGCUGAACAGACACGACCGCUGGAGGUUAUACAGACUGUGGAGUCAAAGGCUAGAAAAAAAGCAACAGGAAAAUUUGCAAAGUUGUCAAGUAGAGUUCGAAGAAGCGCUGUCUCGUGACAAAGAAUUAGACACCAUGAUAGAAUACAAUGUCCUUCGACGGGCACGUGUCAUUGGCAUGACAACCACGUGCGCUGCAAGGUACCGUCACAUUCUGCAGCGGAUUUCCCCGAAAAUCGUUCUGGUUGAGGAAGCUGCUGAAGUGUUGGAGGCUCAUCUUAUAACGUCAUUAUCAAAAGGUUGCCAGCAAUUGAUUUUGAUCGGCGAUCAUCAACAACUUAGACCCAACCCCACUGUCUAUGAAUUGGCUAAAAAGUACAAUCUGGACGUGUCGUUGUUCGAGAGAAUGGUGAAUGUUGGAAUCCCGUGCGAGAAACUGUCUGUCCAACAUCGCAUGAGGCCUGAAAUUGCUGCUCUGUUAAAGCACAUUUACCCAGAUCUUGAGAAUCACAAGUCAGUGAAAGAAUAUAAAGACAUCAAAGGAAUUAAGAAGAACAUGUUCUUUGUCAACCACAGUCAUUUGGAAAACAGUAAUGAUGAAUCGCACAGUCACUCUAACGAGCACGAAGCUGCAUUCCUGGUUGCCCUGUGUCGCUACUUACUUCAACAAGGCUACAGUGCUGGACAAAUAACAUUAUUGACCACCUACACUGGACAGGUGUUUGCAAUUAAGGACUGCAUCAAACAGCAAAACAGCGAAGAAUUCAAAGGUGUUCGCCUGUCAACCGUUGACAACUUUCAAGGUGAAGAAAAUGACAUCAUCCUCCUCUCCCUUGUGCGGAGUAACAAGUACGAAAAAGUUGGUUUCAUCAAGAUUGUGAACCGCGCAUGCGUGGCGCUCUCCCGUGCCAAGAAGGGGUUCUACUGCAUUGGAAACUUUGAUCUUCUUUCUAAGCACAGUGAGAUCUGGAGCAAAAUAGUGGCGGAUUUAAAAGCGAGUGACAGCAUCGGAAACGCCUUGCCUCUUGUUUGUGAAACCCACAAAGAUGAAGUGGCAGCUGAAACAGCAAAAGAUUUUAGUGAAAAAGUUCCUGACGGGGGAUGUCAAAGGAAAUGUGAGGUACGUCUGAGAUGCGGUCACGCCUGUAAACUCCUAUGCCAUUCCGGUGAUUCGAAACAUACGAAGUACGUCUGCGGGGAGCCUUGUGGAAGAAACAUUGAAGGUUGCACCCACACGUGUCCAAAUCGUUGUAGUGAGCCUUGUGAAAUGCAAUGUAAGGUGCUUGUAGAAAAAGCGUUGCCUAAUUGUGGCCACAUCACACAAGUAAAAUGCUUCACUGAUCUCAACGGAAUUCCUUGCAAAGAAAGAUGUAACAACAUUUUGUCUUGCAAUCAUCGCUGCCAAAACAAAUGCCAACGUCCUUGUACCACUAAAUGUAUGGAACUUGUGAAACAGAGUGAUUGGCCCUGUGGACAUGAAGUUACUAUUGCCUGUUCAGCCACCCCCUCUGACUGCCCAGUUCCAUGUAGGGCCAAUUUGGACUGUGGUCACACGUGCCCAGGAAAGUGUGGCGAGUGUCGAAUGGGUCGAAUACACCAACGAUGCAAAUUAAGGUGUGGUCGUGUGUUGGUCUGUUCACAUGUGUGCAAGGAAACCUGCGCUGUGCCGUGUCCACCUUGUUCAAAAACCUGCGAAAACCGUUGUGUACACAGUAAAUGUACCAAAAAGUGUGGCGAUUCCUGUGUACCAUGUCGCGAGCCAUGUUCUUGGGAAUGUCGCCAUCACAAGUGUUUCAAGAGGUGCCAUGAGAUGUGUGAUAGGCCACGAUGUAACCGACCGUGCCAAAAAAUUCUCCCUUGCUAUCAUGUUUGUCGUGGUUUAGAGUGCCAGAAGGAAUGCAUCUGUACAGUGUGCGACAAAAAUGACGGUGUCGAUCCCAUCACAACAAUCUUCUUAGGUGGAGAGGAAGAUGAGGACGCACGAUUUAUGAAGCUGCCAGACUGUGGACACAUCUUUGCAGUGUCUGAUAUUGACAGGUAUGUAAUACCCUACAUAGCAGUUAAUCUUACAUUAGUAGACGUAGUCAUCGCAGUUCAACUGAGGAUAAUUCUCUUAUCCAAGUUUGCACUACUUGAACUUUUAUGCCGCGCAUAUUUACUUUAACUUUACGUCCAAAAUCUCUUUAGAAUUUAUCAUGAUAAAUCUUGAGGCGAUUUAAGUUACAGCGAUCCAGAUGUUUUUUAAGAUUGUUAACGGUGUUGAUUUGAUAGGCAAGACGCAUUGGAGCCACGUUUCUUAAAACGAAGAUCCAGUACCUUGGAGUUCCUUGUAAAAGUAUACCCAUGAUUACCCAGUCUCUUUUAAACGGGCGUCUCCCUUCUCUGCGGAGGUGCGACCAGGACAUACAAAUGGUUAAUGCCUACAUUUAACUGAAAGCCAGAUUAAGACAUUUCAGCUUGUUUUCACAUCUUGUUCAGACAACGUAAUUCUCUAGGUCUUUCUUUGUUCUUGGCAAGACACAUCACUCGCACAGUGUGAAAUCCACCCAAGCUUGCUAAUGUGAACUUAUGUAUUUAAUGGGAAGUUACCCAGUGAUGGGCUAGCAUUACACCUAAAGACGGGAGGGGAGCGAAGUAGCUCCGGCCUGUGGGGUCACUUGGCCUGAGUGAAGACUUAACCUUUACCUCCUCCUUUUCGGUGAUGUAAUGAUGGGGAUGAAUCCUUCAAAAAGCUAUACAAUAUUCCUUGCUCCUACCCCAAGAAUCUGCUUCAUAGACUGCUUCAUCAUAUGACCAGUCCUAAAUUAAUGCCUAUUAUUUUGCAAGGAGUGCCCGGCUAGGUAGUGGGAACAGGAUCAAACCUACCAACAAAAGCCGAUUAAUUUUGUUUAUCCAAAAAACGCAGUGCUACACGGGUGGAUGAUAACGAUAACGUUAGUUGUUGAGGAAUAAUGUCAAGUUGGUGUUUAUUUUUUGGGUUUCAGGUAUAUGGACAUGUCAGAGAAUGACUCGGCCGAAAGUCAAGUGAUUCAAUUAAAAACAUGCCCUCGUUGUAGGAAGCCUAUCCGCUGUAGCCUGCGAUAUGGUAACGUCAUCAAGCAGCAGCUUCGAGAUAUAGAGAAAGUAAAAAAAAAAAUUCUCGUCGAAGCCGAUUCUGGACUAUCAAGCAAGAAACGCCUACUGAAGGGUCGGUUAAUCACUUUGUCAGAAAAGUUCAAUGCAGAAAAUUACCAGCAUGUCUGGGAAACGCUGAAGCAAAGAGUUGACAAGGUGGAAAAUAGGCUUAAAUCUCCUCUUCUUGAAAACAAAAUUAUGCUGAUGGAACGCUAUUGCUUGAUGACUGAAAAAGCGGGAAAAUAUCUAAAAGUGCUUCCAAAAGAAGUAUGCAGAGCAAAUUUUUUCAACGGUAGGUCAUUUGAAAAGUGAUUUUUUGACAACAAAUUUUUAGUGUGUAUCAAUAUCUACAUUCCCCGAAAGUUAGUAAAACACCUAAGCCGAAGCACAUCUAUUGCACUUUCUAACAGAUAUAAAGUUGCACUGAAAUCAACAAGGGUGUUUUGCAUCCUUCCCCCCAUCCCCUUUCCUAAGCAACGGUUCUGUUGCUAGACAAAGGACUUGAGCUCGAUGGGAGAGGGGCUUCCUUUUGGUUACGUUACCGGAGUGGUAGGGAGGCAGCGUGGACGAUCGCGAAUUGCCAGCGCGUCAGACUACCAAUGCGGGCCAAAUCACCGGUAAACCUGUAAAAGUCCUUCCCCUCUGACCAACGUUACUUGUUUUCUAUCGUCCCCAGUUUCUUUGCCAUGCUUGUAAGUAAGAAACUGGUUGCUUCCUGCCAGCUGGGAUUUUUAAUCCUAUUAUCAUGGUUUAUUUAUUUGAUUUAAAUUAUUUGACUGGAUUGCCUAAACUAGCCAGAGAAGCCGAGUGCACUUCCAGAAAAAACAUAGCAUUUAGUUUCCUUUUUUUUUUUUUACCCGUAAGAUUUAAAUUUAUUGAAUUUCUAAUUAUCUAUUGCGUUAUUCAAAAGGGCGCCAAGUUGGAAAUGACCUGGCUUAUCUCCUAAACCGUUUCAUGGCGGGAACAUCGACGAUAAAAGAACUACAACACGUGAACACAGAGUUCUCAAGAUUAAGCCUUCAUCUUGACCUGUGUUUACUUAGUCAUGAUGUCACAGUCGAGAAAGUCGAGGUAGAUCAGUCUUUCUGCGACAUGAUAACUACUGUGCGUGAAGAACUGUCCAGCGGCAAACGCAUAGAAGAUCAGAGGCUUUAUGAGAUGAUGAAUAAUCUCGCAGCCAUUAGGUAAGGUAUAAACACAGGGCGCCCACACAAUAGGUUUGUGUAGCCGAUUGUUGUUUUAUAGUAAAUGUACUGGAUUUACCGUUUGCUUCACCUAUAGCGAUAUAUCGCUAACUAUGUAUAUAAAUCAACGAUAAAUAAACGUUGAAUUACCUUACCUGUGGUGUAUAGUCGUCCUUUUGCCUCAAAAGCGGUUUUUGGAACAGUCAACGGCGAAUUCAAAUUCAUUCAAAAUCGCUCAAAAAACCGCUUUUGAGGCAAAAGGACGACUAUAAACCACAGGCAAGGUAAUUCAACGUUUAUUUAUCAUUGAUUUAUAUACAUAGUUAGCGAUAUAUCGCUAUAGGUGAAGCAAACGGUAAAUCCAGUACAUUUACUAUAAAAUAACAAUCGGCUACACAAACAGAUUGUGUGGGCGCCCUGUGGUAUAAAUAGUGUUGAAUGGUUCGUUAGUUCAUAGGGCACCCACACUCUUAUUUGUAAACUGCAAAUGGAAAUUAAAUAAGAGAUAAACUCUUACCUGUUUUGUUUUAUUCUUGAAGCUGCUGUGGUGCGAAGUGAAAUGGAAGUUGUUUUACGAUGCGAAAACUAUGUUGACUAUGUUCAAGCCGUUGUUGAUUUCACAAUGCUUGAUGUGGUCACGCGCCGGUUGUCAUAGCCUACCAACGGCAGACGUUUCUUCUAGCUUAUCGCCGCUGAGGGACGUUUCGCGAGGAGAAAGGUACGUUCCUCCUCGCGAAACGUCCCUCAGCGGCGAUAAGCGAGGAGAA